CCAAAUUCGAGGAGAUUCUCAACCCGAUUGUUUUCAGGCGCAUACACAUGUCCAAGGCGAGAAAGGACAGACUGGCUUUCUGGGAGAUCAAGGCAAGCCCAAAGAUCACCACACACGUGAAGGAGUUGGUCUGGUAUGAGCUGGCUGAGGAUCACAACGUCUUUCUUGAGACCGCCCGCGACCGCGUGGGACGCUACCCACAUGAUGGGCUGCGCAACGCUAUCCAGCAUGACAACAUUUACACUCUUCCAGACCUCGCAAAUAUAGCCACACAACUGUUCUGGCUGCCUUCCGUCCCUAAGCACGAUGACCCUCAGAGAGCCCAGAUUGAGGCAUCUCGCACUCAGAUCAUAAAUCAGUGGAUCCCCCAUUUCUACCAAGCGCUCGAGUCCAUGCCCAAACUCGACACCUUCACUUCCCGGCCGAUGCCUUCUCACCACGUCCUGUCCGGGCCUUCGUGCAGUUACGAGUUCACCGCCUACCACUUCCAGAUGGAUGUGCGCGGAGACAUCCAGGGCUACCAGAGAAACGAUGGCCUCUUCAGCAUCCUCCUGCCCGCAAUCAUUUACCUCGGGAACACAAUCAGACACCUCCACUGGGCAGAUGAGACCCACGGCACCUCCUCCAGCGUCACCAGGCUGCGCUACAGACACAAGCUAUGUUUCAAGUACCUGCACUCUCUCGACCUGUGCCUGUGCCUCCCCCUGAGGACAUCCAUCCCCAUGCCCUUGGGCACUCCGUACACGCCACAGCGCAUCACCUGCUGGACCACACUAGGUGAGUGCCUCCACAGGACCAAGAAGCUGUCGCACAUCAGCCUCUGCUUCGAGAUGGCCAACCCCAAGAUUGGAGUCCUCGCCCUGGCCCGCGCCUUCCAGGAUGUCCUCUUCAACGAGAAGGUCCGGCUGCCGGGUCUCAAGAGCCUGACCCUCCGCGAGGGCCCCAUGCGGCGCUUCCGGUUCCUGGAGAUCCUGCUCGACCAGUUCCUGGUGCGGUACGGCCCUCAGCUGCGCCAUCUGCGCUUUGAGAGGUGGGCUGUUACCACGAACACGAUGUUGCGGCUGGGGAUGAGCAAUCAGAUGGAGCUGGACAGCUUCAAGGUCGACAACAGUGAGUUUGAGAGGGGAUUCACCAUCCUCGAGGCUGAUCUGGUUGGGUCCGUGAACCGUAAUGGCAAGUUCUGGCGAGUCCCGCUCGAGGAGCGUAUGGUCGCCUUGACCAUAGGAGAGGAGGGUGACGCCAAGGAGGACGCCUGCAUCUGUGACUGGGCAAACCCAAGGUUUGCUGAUGUACCUGAGGGAAUGGACUACUGUGCAGUCCUUGCGGACAAAGAAGCACCAGCCGGUGGCGACGGAGAUGAUGAGGAUGAUGACUACCAGCCUUCCGAGUCCACCGAUACCUCCGAAUCAGACAGCGAGUUCGACCAGGACUCGGACUUUGAUGUAGGUGAUGACUCGGAGCAGAACUAGGGCUUCGGUUGAGUGCAGAUACCUACCAGAUUAGCAGUUAGGUGCAAUCAUCAAAUGUGAUACAUUACUG